UAAAAAUAUCUAUAUUCUCGCAUUUCAAACUUCUAAAACUUCUUCAAUUGAUUGAGUGAACUUCAAAUACACUUCUUUUUGGGGAAAAAAAGCCUAGGGAGAAUUAACACGAAUUUCGAAACUACGGACCGAAAAUUAUCUCAAUCAACUUGGAAGCCGCUUUGUUGCAAAGCACUGUAUCUAUAAACGUGGUUUACAUUUAAAAUGUAUAUACCGCAGUGUGGUUUAGUUCCCUAGAUAAAAGAUUGUUUUUCGAUAAUCCUUCAUUAUUUUUGGUUCAAAAUUUGGUCAAACCGUACAGCAACCUAACAAUUCUUAUAUUUUUACCCAAAACAAUUAAAUAUUUAUUAUCUUCUAUGCCCUUCUUUAAUUUGCCGUUUGAUUUAGUUUUUCAGUUGAGCCUUUUUCUACCCCCAAGAUUUUGGUUGUUAUAUUUGAUUGCUUUGAUCUCAUAGAGAGAGAUAAUUUGAUAGAUCAUCCAGAAUCACCAUGAGUUGUAUGAUUAAGUGCAUGUGAAAAACAUCGGCAUUGAGACACGUACACCCUUAAAUGAACUGCACAAGCCUUACAAGUCUAUACUUGAUAACAAAUUAUCUCUGCACGUAGCAAAUCAGGUUUUUUCCACUUUUGUCUUACCAAAGGGAUGUCAUUGAAUUCAAAUGUAAAUGUGAGGACAACUGCGAGAAAAGCAAAUAAACUAAUUGCCCUAUUUCAAAUGACGUCACAUCAAAACAGUCUAUUGUCUUAACGCUAUGGAUGACAACAACAACACAAAGAAAAACACAAUAAAUUGCAUUCACAAAACAGAGAAGGGAGGAAUAACAAAAUGCUAUUAGUAUAGAAGGAUAAACCUUGACACCUAACAUAUAUGGAAACUGGACAAUUUGAAGCCUCGCUUUCGGAGAGAAAGAAGAUUUUGUCGAAACUCCCAGUGUUCUCGAUGAUUCUGUCCCCCUUGUAAACAAGUUGUGACGUCAUUAUGGAAUAGGGCAAUUAAGAAGCAGCUAAAGUAAAUGAACUGAAAAAUGGAUUAAGCUGGCACUCAACCGAACAUGAUGAACAUAUCGAACAAUUUAGGAGGAAACAGUUGCAGCUUUUUUACAUCAAGCUCGGCAACAACGGGCAAAAUCUUCGCCUACUCAAUCCUCAUCCCAGUGGCUCUUUUAGGGAACAUUCUUACGAUUCUCGUCAUCUACACCAACAAGAACAUGAGAACCACUCUGGACUACUUCAUCAUCAACAUGGCCAUAUCCAAUCUUCUGAUUCCGGCUGUUGCUCUUCCUUAUCAAAUCAUCAAGACUGCCAACAACUCGAAUGUAUGGUUGGUAGACGGUACGACUGGUGAAUGUCUGUGUAAAGUAGUUUUUUUACUGGUUGAUGUAAGUCCAGUUAUUUCAAUUUUCAGUCUUGUAGGAUUGACGUUUGACAGGUUUCGAGCAGUUGUUUGCAGAAAUAACAGUUCCUUCCUCGAGAAAUCAAAAUACAUAGCAUUGCUCAUGGUGUUUAUCUGGUUAAUGUCGUUGACCAUUUUUUCUCCGUAUUUCUACACUUUUCGUCUUCACCGCCAUAACAACAUGACGUACUGUGUACAACGCUGGAGCCCAGCUUUUGAUCAAGUCAAAGCACAUCGUACUUUUUCAGCCAUCGUUCUAGUCCUGGUCAUCAUCAUUCCAUUCUUYAUCCUAAYUACUCUUUAUUCGGCUAUUUUGAUUACCUUAAUCAAAUGGCUUCCACUCUACAAUCCACAAUCAUCAGCAGCGCGAAGCCGUAGGAAUCAAACUAUCAAAAACACUACAAAAAUGGCCUUUACUCUGGUGCUUGCGUUCGGGUUAUGUUGGGGUCCGUACAAUGUUUUUAUGAUCCUCUGGGCUUUUCCAUGGGACUGGAAGCCAUUACUCGCCUGCAGAAUACAGAUUGUAUUCUUUUUGUUUCAGUUCUUCACGUAUGUCUAUAGCUGUGUUUGUCCCUCAAUUUAUUUCUUAUUUUUAGCUAAAUACAAGCGGGGAAUCAAAAAGUUAUUUGCUAAAAUAUUAUCAUUAUCUUUGCACUGAAAAAAAAAAUCAAUGGAAAGCGUCUGGAACUGAGACACUCGAUACUAAAAUCUUUAAUAUCAAAAACUUUUUUUUAAAGCAAUGAUAUGUAUUUGCACGAUUUUCGCUCUUUCUUUACAGUCGCUGUUGACAUCGGAAGUCAUAUAUCGAUUUUCUUUAGAGAGGAAAUCGUUUUUAUGUCGUUAAAUAUAGGAGUUAGACAUUAUAAUUAACGUUUUCAAGGUUAAUGGUGGAUCUAGAAGGGGGAAAAGAAAAAGAAUUUAAAGCAAAAUAAUAAAGAGGAGAAAGAAAAAAUAAAGCCGGUUUCUAUACACUUAUCUAUAGGCACUUUUAAAACAAUCAUACGACCGUGUAGCCCCCUUUACAGCCAAUCGCCAAUAUUUUUAUAGUUUUUUCCAAAACAGGAAAAGAACCAGAAAGAGAGAGAAAGAUCUCUAAUCGAUAACAGAACAGCCGUCGGGGGCAUUUGAACUCCAAUAAACGUUUCCCCGACAAAGUUUAAUUACUAAAAUAAAAUAAAUUAUUCGAGAGUUCUAAGGGAUAGAAUUUGGUUAAAUCACAUGCGAUACGCUUUGCCUAUAAAACUCGUGAUAUACAUUAUGAGGACUGCUUGACUAAUAUUAAGGAAAUCGAACACUUUGCUUAAACGUUAAUUAAAAAUAAUAAAUUUUCAUAGAAAUUGCUUAAAAUAUUUCAAGAUUUUUUUUUUAACCUAUCAUAAUGUUAUUUAAAAAGUCGAUCGAAAGCGAUAUCUACAUAUUGUUUUUAUUAGUUUUACCACUUCGUCGUCGCAUUUCAAAACAACGGGGGAAAAAGAGAGACCAACCUAGAGAGGACUUUCAGAAUUGUUUUCAUGGAAAAGAUUCAAGAGUAGUCGUGCGUGCUGUAGUACUUGCUUCGCUACUGACGAUUUCUGGCCAAAAAAGCACAAACAAAAAAAAUUCAUUAAGAAUUUGAGCAAAUUACUACAUAACCGGUUUAGUAAAUUAUCGUCAUUAGCAGCUACACAGCUUAUAAAAAUAAAUAAAUAAAUAAACUGAACUAAAUAUCGACGUUAACUAGUCCAUACCAGCAAUGAAUGCGUGCCGCGAAUCGUACCAGAAUUUGGAUUAUCUUUCCAUUAACUGGCUUAAAAAAUCGUAUUAAUUUUCAAACCAAAAUGAGAAAAGAAAAAAGAUUAUAAAAAUGGAUAAUUUUGUAAUUAUGGCUUUUUAAAAUCAAAGUAGUUAGAAAGGGGGAAAAAAAUGUCACUUUUGCGUACUUUGGUUGCUGUACAACCAGGCCUUCACUUUCACGUUUGCGCAUGCUCGGUUGGAGUACAGUGCUGCCCAGUCUUUGUAACCAGGCAUGCCUCACUUGGGGACCUUUCUCUUCGCUUCUCCAAAUAGAUUUUUGUUUCUUUUUCGUCUUCAAAUAGCUUUUGAACUGAGCCAACCAGCAGUAAACGUCAUUUUAGAGAGCCAAUCAGUAAACGACAUUUUUAUAAAAUACAAAAUAAAAUACAUAAUAAUGAUCUGAUAAUG